GCUAAUAUGUAUAAUAUGAAAAGUUGUUUAGAAAUUUAGUAUAAUAAAGGGUUCUAAAUGCAAUAAACACUAAAAAUUGAGAGCGCAGUCGUCUGCAAUGCGAGUUUAUUAGGGCUUCUACAAUCAAUCUAUCUAUGUACGUGUUGACCAAAAAGUCUGAGGUCAAUAUUUGUUUCGUCCAAUCAAUAGACGUCUAAAGAUACACCUUCCCGCAUGCGAUCCCUACUCCAGCUAGCAAAGCCCUCACUCUCUCAGUAGUUCAUCGCACAUUCGUAAAUAAUCCAAUUGGAAACCCUAAUUUCAUCUCGAUUAAUUUUGUGAUUACGUUCAGUUCAAUUGCAGAAUGCCUAACAAAAGCGGAGCUGAGCAGCCAGAAAUCAGCGGCUCGACGCAGAAAUCUCAGCGCACAAAAAUCACAAAAUCCUCGGACGACAACGAAAAAAAGAGUUUGGCUAAGAAGCUUAAAGAUUCAGAAAUUUGUAUCCCCAUUGUGUAUGGUAACAUUGCAUUUUGGCUUGGUAAGAAGGCGAGCGAGUAUCAAUCACACAGGUGGACGGUUUAUGUUCGGGGAGCAACAAACGAGGACCUGGGAGUGGUUGUGAAGCGUGCCGUUUUCCAAUUGCAUUCGAGUUUUAAUAACCCCACAAGGGUUAUUGAGAAGCCACCUUUUGAGCUAUCGGAGUGUGGAUGGGGUGAAUUCGAAAUCGCGAUCACCCUUCAUUUUCACAGUGAUGUUGGGGAGAAGCCAUUGCACUUGUAUCACCAUUUGAAGUUGUACCCCGAGGAAGAGUCCGGUCCGCUCUCGACUAAGAAGCCUGUCGUAAUAGAAUCUUAUGAUGAAAUUGUUGUCUCGGAACCUUCCGAGGCUCUAUUUGCUCGGGUGCAAAAUCAUCCUGCAGUUAUUGUGCCUAGGCUGCCUGCGGAUUUUACUUUGCCUCCUGUGCCCUUGGAAGAUGUUGACAGCAAGAACAGAGUUGAUACGAAAGAUAAUCCCCUGAACCAGUGGUUUACAAAUUUCUCGGAGGCGGAUGAGUUAUUGAAACUCGCUGCAGCUCGGCAGCAGGUACAAGCUCACAUUGCAAGACUUAGGAGGCAGUUGACUUUGGUUGAUGGACAGCACCAACAGCUGAAAGCACCGUCUGACAUGUAAAUAAGUUAAGUGUGGAAGUAAUUCCUUCUUGUGGAUGGUAUUGUUUCACGUAGAAGAGUGUUCGGAGAAACUACCUGUGAUACUAUUCUUUCCUUUUAUGUUAUAGGUACUGUAUAAGAACUUAACCUACCUAGAGUUUCCUUACUUGGAGGAUUUAAUAUAUGUUGGACCAAUGUACUGAUUAUUGUACCGACCGAGGGGACUUAUUAUUUAUGGAACAUUAGCUGUACAUAUCGAAACUUACUGGAAUUGACUAUAAGUAAUUGAAUACAUGAUUAGCUUA